UCGCGCAUGCGUUAAGCGGCCGCCGCCGGGGAGACGAGUGCGGCUCGCACUCGGUUGUUAAGCGAGGACGGGGCAUGUGCCUCUCCGGCCGCGGCGGCUCUUCUCGCGCCAGGUCUGGCCCGCCACCAUGUCCGUCACUAUCGAGCGGGAGUUUGAGGAGGUGGAUGCUGAGAACCGGUGGCAGCCCUUGUACUUGGAAAUUCGAAAUCAGUCCCAUGACUACCCUCAUAAAGUGGCGAAAUCUCUAGAAAAUAGAAAUCGAAACAGAUACAGAGAUGUCAGCCCAUAUGAUCAUAGUCGUGUUAAACUGCAAAAUACUGAAAAUGAUUAUAUCAAUGCCAGCUUUGUUUCCAUUGAAGAGGCACAAAGAAAUUACAUCUUAACACAGGGUCCACUUCCUAAUACUUGUUGUCAUUUUUGGCUAAUGGUAUGGCAGCAAAAGUCCAAAGCUGUAGUUAUGCUAAACCGAAUUGUGGAGAAAGACUCGGUAAAAUGUGCACAAUAUUGGCCAACCAAAGAAGACCAAAUGAUGCUGUUUGAAGAGACAGGAUUCUGUGUGAGGCUAGUGUCAGAAGAUGUCAAAUCAUAUUAUACAGUUCAUCUACUAAAAUUAGAAAAUAUUCAUAGUGGUGAGACCAGGAUAAUAUCUCACUUUCAUUAUACUACGUGGCCAGAUUUUGGAGUCCCUGAAUCACCAGCUUCAUUCCUCAACUUCUUAUUUAAAGUUCGAGAAUCUGGUUCCCUGAAUGCUGAACAUGGACCUGCAAUAAUUCACUGUAGUGCAGGCAUUGGCCGGUCUGGCACAUUUUCAUUAGUUGAUACCUGUCUUCUCCUGAUGGAAAAAAGAGAUGACCCUUUUUCUGUUGAUAUUAAACAAGUAUUACUGAAUAUGAGAAAAUAUCGAAUGGGACUUAUUCAGACUCCAGAUCAACUAAGAUUUUCAUAUAUGGCUGUAAUAGAAGGAGCAAAAUUUAUAAUGGGAGAUUCAAAUAUACAGAAGCGGUGGAAAGAACUUUCCAAUGAAGACGAGGCACCUACCUAUGAGCAUUCGCCACCUCAUUCAACUACAGUCAUUACUGGAAAGUACAAUGGGAAUAGGGUAGGGUUAGAAGAAGAUGAAAAAAAUGACAAAAUAAACCUUACAGAACUCUCCACCAAGAUGCAGGACACAGUAGAAGAGAACACUGAAAGUGCUGUUCGGAAACGAUACCGAGAGGACAGAAAAGCUAAUACAGCUCAAAAGGUGCAGCAGAUGAAACAGAGGCUAAGUGAGACUGAACGAAAAAGAAAAAGGUGGUUAUAUUGGAAACCUAUUCUCACUGUGAUGGGGUUUGGUGCAUUCGUUUUGAUUGGCGCUUUUGCUUACUGGACAUUGUAUUGUCAGAAGCAUUCCUUAUAAGUAAAGCCUUAAUUUGCACAGCAAGCUUCUGCACUAGUAGUUGAUGGAGUUGCUGUUGCAGUUAAUCGCUAGGGCUUUGUUUCUUAGCAGCAAGCUCCCUACUCGUACCUGAAAAUGGUGUAGUAGAAUAGUCACCAACCAGAUAAGUGAUGGAAAUCAGUCACAAGUCAACAUCUCAGGACUUUGACCUGCAGGUACUUCUGAAAACCAAACUGUAAACUGCUAUAUAAAAUAAAGAUGUUAAUGUUUGUUUUCAAGAAAAGUUUAUAAUUUUUUUCUUUUUGCAAAUGUGUUGAUACAGUUAAAAAGUUACAUUUCACUAAAUUAAGCUGAAAAAACCCUUGGCCAGAGGGAUACAUCUAUGUAGGUUGUCUAGGUUUUAAUUCACAUGCCUGAUACAAGCAAUAAACAUUGUGGUUUUAUCUACAUUAAAACAAAUUAUCCUUAAAGAUGUGCAUAAUGUGUAAUGUAUUCUCAACAUGGGCAUCAACAUUUUAUAUUCUUAGGAUAAAUAUAUUUUAUAACUGCCUAUUUAAUCCUUUUUGUAGUUAACUGUACUUUUGAAAAAAGCCCAGUUUAAAAAGAUCUGUUACCCAAAAAAAAUUUUAUUUUGGAACUGAAUGUUCUGAUUUGUGCAUUGAAUUAGAUGUACCAUAUAAAUUUUCAUUAUUACUAGAGAUUUGGUAUUAGUGACUAAAAAUCUGACAAAGCAAUUUUUACUGUAUAUUUUGCAUUCCAUUGUGUUUUGCUAUUUCCCACACUGAAGAAUAAACCAAAAGCAAUUCCCCCGGAGAAUAUUUAAAGAAAAAUGCCACUUACAGGGACACUGUCAGGUAACUCUUAAUCCAAAAUAUAAGGCUUUAUAAAACUUAUUUUUCUAUAAUUCAUUAUAAAAAUUUUUCAUAAGAUUUUCACUGAUAAUACACUAAAACUAUAAUUGAGGGUAAUGCAUGAGAUUAAAGAAGUAAAAUAUUAGCCACAACUUAAUCCCAGUUCAUAGUCUCAUUUUCCUAAACUGAAUGAAAUGUGAACAUUAGACUUAAUCUUUUAUGUUCCCAAUUGAAUCUUAAAGUUCUCUAAAAUAUUUGGUGAAAAGAUUAAUUUUGCAGCCUGACCGUGUCUCUUUAAAUUCUUAAUGUGAUUGUUGGGGGGGAACACCUUUGGCUUUUAAAAGCACAUUGUUUUAAUAGAAACUAUGUUCAGAGUUUAGAAUGCUCUUCAGAGUGCUAGCUUUAUUAAAGUUCCAACAUUCCAUUCAA